CUAAAUCAGAGUUAAUCAACAGAAAGGAAAGCAGAAUAUGUACAAAAAAGGGCAAAUAUUUCGACGCUUAUACAAUGGUUUCUUAAGUGACUUAUAUUUAGACAAUGAGAUUUUAGUCAAAACUACCAACACAAGACGAACGUUCAUGUCAGCAGCAAUGGUUUUGGCUGGAAUGUAUCCGCCAAAAGAUUAUCAAAAAUGGUCGAACUCUGAAACGGUGUGGCAGCCUAUUCCUAUUUACAGCAAUUCGCCAGAUCACGGAACAUUAUUUGAUGAAAGGGGAAAAUGUCCGGCUUUUGAUUCUUUGAUCAGCAAGUUACGUGAUCAAUUAAACAACUAUUAUGACGAUACUUCAAAUAUAACAGCAUUAAUGUCGUAUUUAUCUGAAAAAUGCGGUCAACCCAUCUCUUAUACGAAUAUAUUCAAACUAUACGACCUUUUGAUAUGUGAGGGUCAGUCCAUGUGGACGAAAAUAGCCAGAUAG